CUUGGCUUAGUUAUAAACAUCUUUGACUGAACUAUAGCACAAGAGUUUAGGCUCCAUUCUCCAGCAUACUUUCGUUUUCUGAUUCCCAUCUAGAACUUUCCAGCUAGCUAGCUAGCCUCUGCUCUUUCUCUCACUGACAACACUUCUAGCCCCAUGGCAACCGAACGCAGUUUCCCGGAUAGCGUCAUAGACGAGAACCCACAGAAAGCUAUCGAGGAACUUAAUGAAGCAUUGGAAGUAAACUCUGACAAUUCAGAAUGGUUCUGCCAACGAGCCUAUGCCCACCUCCAACUGAAAAACUACAGCUGUGCUGUCGAUGAUGCCAAGAGAGCCCAGCAGCUCAACCCCAGUCUUCCUCUUGCCUUCAUGAGAACAGGAAUGGCAGAGUACCACCUGAACCACUUCGAGUCGGCACAUGCUGCCUUCACUCAGGGACACAGCCUGGACGGCUCAGAUAACACUUUCCAAACAUGGAUCAAACGUUGUGAGGAGAUGAUGGGGAUGGCCAAUCAGAAUGGAAAGGAGAACAAGCAGAAACCAACGCCACGCAUUAAGCAUGACUGGUACCAGACAGAGUCUCAGGUCAUCGUUACCAUCAUGGUGAAAAAUGCGCCUAAGGAUGGGGUCAACAUCAACUUCGACGAGAGACAGAUGUCGGCGGUGCUGAAAUUUCCAUCGGGGGAGGACUUCAGCCUGAACAUGAACCUGCUGCAUCCCAUUGUCCCCCAACACAGCACCUUCAAGGUCCUCUCCACCAAGGUGGAGAUCAAAAUGAAGAAGACUGAGGGGAUCAGGUGGGAGAAACUGGAGGGUGAAGGUCAGGAGCCCAACGUCAAACACUUCACCCCCAACCAGUACCCAUCAUCGUCCCACUCCAGCCGUAACUGGGACAAGGUGGUGGGCGACAUUAGUGAGGAGGAGAAGAAGGAGAAGCUGGAGGGAGACGCAGCGCUCAACAACCUCUUCCAACAGAUCUACUGUGACGGCACCGACGAGGUCAAACGGGCCAUGAACAAGUCCUUUAUGGAGUCAGGUGGUACAGUCCUGAGCACCAACUGGACGGACGUGGGGAAGAGAACGGUGGAGAUGAGCCCCCCAGACGACGUGGAGUUUAAGAAAUACUGAAGAACCAGAGGGGUGUCUCUCUCUCUGUACUACACUGUCCUACACUCCCCCUCUCUGCCUCAAUUGGACCGCCCCAUAUCUCCUCUCCUCCAACUUCCCCUCCUGUCAAUAUUUUGCUUUCUCCCGGCCAAGUCUCUCGUUCUCUUUGCCUCCGAUGGACAUGUCCAACCUAUUAGCCAAAACCAACCUCUUCCUCCUCCAACGCCUCCCCCUUCCAGUCCGUCUGUCAAUAUAGUUUUUUAGAGCUUUGGUGAUUCUCAGCAGCAGUCCAGGAACCACUAUUUACCAUCUCUCAUUAAACCAUUCUCACACUCUAUGAAGAGUGUCAUAGAUAUGUAUCUGUCUUUCCUAGAUAUCAUAGAAACAGUAGGAAUCAUCUGAAUGGUCAGUUUCUGUCUAUUUGAUGGUUAACCUGGUUAAAGGGAGUGAUGGGUUGAAACAGAUCCCUGGACUGAAGGGGUCGAGAAACCCUUUCCACCUCUUCCUGUGUCAGUAAUGGCCGGUUCUUGUUUUCAAAGCCUGUCUUUUAUGGGACCUCCCUUUUAUGAAAAAUUCUAAACUAUUUUUUUCCUGUACACUGGUAUUAGAAAAAAAUCAUUUUCCACAUCAGCAGCAAUACAGUCAUGAAAUGGAAGUCUGGAAUCUUAAUUUUGUUUUCCUCAAUGUGAUUCAAACUUCAAUGUAAAUAAAUGAUUUAUUUUCUGGAUCACCA